AAUCCUUCUUUCGUACUACGAGCAGUGAAAGACGUCGCUUUUGAAGAUAGAGAAGUUCCGAAACUUCGUGAUGAACAUGAAGUAAGAGUUAGAAUCGCGCAGACUGGAAUUUGUGGAAGUGAUAUCAGCUGGCAAAGAGGCCGCAUUGGAGAUUUCGUGUUGAAGAGUCCUAUUGUGCUUGGUCAUGAAUCAUCCGGCACUGUCGUUGAAGUUGGUACAGCAGUCAAAAAUUUGAAGCAGGGUGACCGGUUCUACACGGUAGCAAGCGACUACUGUUACAGAAUUCCGGACUCUAUGAAUAUGGAAGAAGCUGCCAUGGUUGAGCCAACUGCUGUUGCUGUGCAAAUAGCGAAAGUUGGCGGUCUGAGAGCCAAUCAAACUGUGCUCGUCUUCGGAUGCGGUCCUAUUGGUGUUCUUUGUCAAGCGGUAGCAAAGGCAUACGGCGCUCGAAAAGUCAUCGGAGUUGAUGUCGUCAAGUCAAGACUCGAUUUUGCGAAGUCAUACAGCGCCGACGCCGUGUUUCUAUCACCCAAACCUGAUCAAGGUGUCGAACCUGUGGAGCACUCCGAAAAGGUCGCGGCCAUGAUCAAGAAAGAGUUCGAUCUUGGUGAGGGAGCAGAUGUUGUUCUUGAGUGUACUGGAGCCGAGCCCUGCAUUCAAGCCGGCGUCUUCGCUGCAAAGAAAGGCGGUACCUACGUACAGGCCGGCAUGGGUAAAGAAAACGUGCUCUUUCCUAUCACAACAGCUUGUAUCAGAGCACUCAACAUCCGAGGCUCCAUCAGAUAUACCAAAGGUUGCUAUCCGGAUGCAGUUGAGCUUGUGGGCUCAGGGAAGAUCGAUGUCAAGAGAUUAAUCACCAACAGAUUCAAAUUCGAAGAGGCAGAGCAAGCUUUCGAGCUUGUCAAAGCUGGCAGAGAGGAUGUUCUGAAGGUUAUCAUCGAAGGUGUCCAGGACUAG